CAGAUACUGUACCUCACUCACUGGACUAUUAACGAGCGCAUUCAGAUUCGACUUAAAAGAAACUCAAUUUGGAUAUGACCGAAUACUCGGUAUACUAAACGGAUGUUUCUGUUUUCACCCCGAGCCGCGCGAUCGACUGUCGUGGAAAGAUGCAGCACUUAAAUGCCGGAGAAUAAAGCACCUCGAGGGAUGUUUUGAACCGGGGACUCUUUCUGUCUUUUUUUUUUUUUUUUUUUUUAUUUCGGAUUUGGAAGCAUUUGCAAACUGACCAUGCGCGAGUUUGAUGGAGUUGUGUCACGCCGUGAACCGAGCGGCUCCGUUCACAGGAUUUACCUGCCCUUCAUCUUACUGCUGCUCAUCUUCACUCCCAGAGUGGACUCGUCCUGGUGGUACAUUGGUGCGUUAGGUGCACGGGUCAUAUGUGACAACAUUCCAGGGCUGGUGAACAAGCAGAGGCAGCUUUGCCAAAGACACCCAGAUCUCAUGCAGUCCAUCGGAGAAGGAGCCAAAGAGUGGAUCCGAGAAUGCCAGCACCAGUUCCGACACCAUCGCUGGAACUGCAGCACGCUGGAGCGAGACCAUACUGUGUUCGGCCGCGUCAUGUUGCGCAGUAGCCGUGAAGCAGCAUUCGUUUAUGCAAUCUCCUCUGCCGGCGUGGUUUAUGCCAUCACCAGAGCGUGCAGUCAAGGAGAGCUGAAGAUCUGUGGCUGUGACACCAACAGAAGAGGCCGGGCGAGCGACGAAGAAGGCGACUUCGACUGGGGCGGCUGUAGCGACAACAUCAACUACGGUAUCAAGUUUGCCAAAGCUUUCGUGGACGCCAGAGAGAGAAUGGUCAAGGAUGCCAGAGCACUGAUGAAUCUGCACAACAACCGCUGUGGGAGAAUGGCAGUAAAGCGUUUUAUGAAGACUGAAUGCAAGUGUCACGGAGUCAGUGGGUCAUGUGCUCUCAGGACAUGCUGGCUGGCUAUGUCUGAUUUCCGGCGAACGGGUGACUAUUUGAGAAAGAAGUACAAUACUGCUGUGGAGGUCACCAUGAACCAGGAUGGUUCGGGCUUUAUGGUUGCUGAUCGGGAUUACAAGAGAACGACCAAAAACGAUCUAGUAUACAUCGAGAACUCUCCAGACUAUUGUCUUACGGACCGUUCGGCAGGCUCUCUGGGUACAGCAGGACGGCUGUGUAACAAGUCUUCCAGAGGCAUGGACGGCUGCGAGGUCAUGUGCUGCGGCCGCGGGUACGACACCACGCGUGUAAACCGCAUGAGCAAAUGCGAGUGCAAGUUCAAAUGGUGCUGCGCUGUUGAGUGCAGGGACUGUGAGGAAACUGUGGACGUCCACACCUGUAAACCACACAAGAAACCCGACUGGCUCGAUUUGACCUGACUUCCGUGACCACGACCAAUCAGCAGCUACUGGUGCUUUUCUGUUCUCAGGUUUUUGAAGCGGACCUCCGCAUUGUGGAAUGUGUAGUUUCUGACUAUAACGCUCUGAUCUCCACUUGCAGAACCCUGAACUUUACCCGCCUUCAAUGAUGCAAGCGCAGAGAUCACAGGCCAGUCUGGAGCACUGGUAGACGGUUGGUGUCAUGGGAAAAUCAUACAAUGGGCAUUGUCUGGUUUAAUGGGAUGAACUGUGAUCGGGACACAUUUUCACUAUUUUCAAACUGAAAACACCUUUUACUGGUCAUAUCUGUGCCUAUAUAUCAAAUCAUGUUUUUGGAAAGCUUUGAUACACGCAUUGAUGGAUAAUAUACAGCCUCAGUUCAAUAUUCACAAAGAACAAUUUCAAUAUUCACAAGAACAAUUACGCUUCAUGGUACAAAUUAAUACUUUGAAGGUCACUGUAAAAAUGUUCAACAGUGAUAACUGUGCUUCUAUUAAUUUACUGCAUUGACCAUCAUUUUCAUACACAACUUACGCACAAAGGAAUUUGAUCAGUGUUCAAUUUUUUAGGGCACUUUCGCACCAGAGGAACCUUUUGAUAGUUCCUAGAGCUAUUGGCAGAAGCUCCCGGUUUUUAGCGUGUUCACACCACAGGAACUAGGAACAUGUUUCUUUCUAGGAAAUCCAUUUGGGGAAACUAAAUUAGUUCCUACUUCAGGGACUGAAACGGUUUGAUAGAAAUGACCGGUGAUGUAGUGAUGGCCAGACGCAUACAAAACAAGCCUUGAAAAAUAUUUUCUCCACGCAACAUGGAGAACAGCGCUCUGUUAUUUUCUCAGCCUCAAUGAUAACACUGCAAGUUGUCAUAGGAGAUUUAGUCAGAUUUUCAUGCUCUUUUAAUCGUGAAAAUUGUGCAUCUAUUCCAUCUCUAUUCCAGCAACAUACAACACAGCUCCGAUCACAUAAUCCUCCAUUCACAGGUCGUUGAUGUUUGUAAAUUACCAAAAAUAAAGACGUCACUGUUGGUCGCUUCAGAAUUCCUGCGAAUGCAACCAGGAAAACGGCUUGAGGGAGAAACUGGUUCUCUAGGAACCACCAUGAUGUCUAGUUUCUAGAACUAUGCGGUGAAAAGUGUCUAUUGUGAAAUCCCAAUGCCAUUGUAUAUCAGAGAAAUAUAUCUUUCAUAUUAUAUUUUUAAUAUCUAAGCACUUAAACAUCCCUUUGAACAUGAGCACUUUUUUUUUGGUUUGGUAGAGCUUGGUUUCCAAAAACCUGUCUACGAUCAGUAUCUCAAUAUUUUCCCUGAUGGGUUUUUUCAGUAAAAUCUGAUGUUUAUUGAAAUAAAAAAUCCAAACCGUCAGAUGCCAUGACCGCAGACUGUUUGCACACAAUUAGACGAAUUUUGCACACAACAUACAAAAUUGUACACUAAAAUCUGUUGUAUAUAAGGCUGAGAAUA